AUCUAUUAUCUAUGACGUCAAAUGUAAGCAUGGCGACAAUGGUCAAUGUACCGGUGUAUUAAUCUGUUUCAUGUUUAACACCAUUAAAAUUGGCCAACAUUCUGUAUCAAAGUGUAUGCGGUUAAAAUACUUAUUUAACUGUUAUUAUUAUUUUUGAGUUAGUGUUGUUAAAUAAAAUAUCUCAUGUCGUCAGAGGAAGUCGAUAGCGGUAUGGGUUCCCAAGAAGGAAGCGCCAAGGAAUUUAGUCCUGAUAAGCCUGCAAUUGAAGAAAAUUAUGACGAUGAGCCUGAUGAAACGCUAUCAGAAAGAUUAUUGGGCCUAUCAGAAAUGUUUCCUGAGCCUUUCAGAAAUACUACUCACACUGCACUAGUGUCAACAAAGUCUACUGUGAAGUCUUUGUUUAAUUUUUCUCGAAAUGUUAUUUGGAUUGUUGUUACUUCAUCUCUUAUAUUAUUUGCACCGGUAAUUAUCGAAGUAGAACGAUUACAAAUGGAAGAAGCUCAAAGAUCUCAACAUAAACAGAUGCUGUUAGGUCCCAAUACUGCAAUUUCGGGCGGCGGUAUGCAGCCAAUUAUGCCACCUUUGCAACGCUGAGUAAAAUAUGACACUGUUAUAAACAACAGCAGAUAGCUUAAUAGGUAGUAACAGAAAUCCAAAUGUAUUGUUAUUUUUCUUGUGUGUUAGUGAAUUACUUUGUAAUUAAAUAAAUUGUGUUGUUAUUUGUA